AUGGCGCCCUCCCUCCGCGCCGUCCUCGCCCGCCUCACGGCCAUCCUCCCGACACACCAAACGCCCCUCACAGGCGACAGCAUUGGCGGCGGCAGCGACGGCGGCCACAGCAUCGCAGUCACCCCAUACGAGCCCCUUUCCGGCGCCCCGUCAUGUCCCAUCGACGGCCCGCUGAGUUGCCACAAAACUAGCGGUCCCUUGGACUCAUGCUGCUUCGUCUACCCCUCAGGCCGCCUCCUUCUCACCCAGUUCUGGGACGAUACCGUCCACGCCGGCGGCGCUGAGGAGGACUGGACCGUCCACGGGCUAUGGCCCGACCUCUGUGACGGGAGCUACAAGGCGUAUUGCGGCAUGACGCCGCACUUCAACAACAUCAGUGACAUCCUUAAGCAGUACGACCAAGGCGACCUCCUGGCCUCGAUGGAGAGAUAUUGGGUCCCGGCAUACGGUUCAAACGACCACUUCUGGGCCCACGAGUACAACAAACACGCAAGCUGCAUAAACACCCUGUCGACGUCCUGCUACGCCGACACCUACACGCCAGGCAUCGAGGUCGUCGACUUCUUCACCCGCGCCUUCUCCCUCUUCCGUCAGCUCGACACCUUUACCGCCCUCGAGCGCGCCGGCAUCACGCCCUCGCACUCGAAGCGCUACCCGCUCGCCGACGUCAUCCGCGCACUCGAGGCGCUGAGCGGCGGCCGUGUCGUGCUGCGGUGCCAGGGCCGCGGCCGCGACGUGCUCCACGAGGCGUGGUACAGCUACUUCCUUCAAGGGAGCCUGCAGACGGGCCAGUUCGUGCCUGCCGGUGACCUCGGGAGCCACGGGGACGCCAACAAUUGCGCCUCGCAGGUGCGGUACCCGCCCAAGAAGUGCCGGGGCAACUGCCCCAACUCGCAGGAGCUCUGA